GGGAUCACAACCUGAGCCAAAGGCAGAUGCUCAACCACUGAACCAUCCAGGUGGUCCUUUCAGUAUUUUCACAGGGCUGGAACAAAUGAUCCUAAAAUUUGUAUGUAACCACCAGAGACCCCAAAUAGCCAAAGCAAUCCUGAAAAAGAAAAACAAAACUGGAGGCAUCACAAUUCCAGAUUUCAAGGGUGUCCAGAGAAACGACUCUCCUCCCAAGGGACUAUGAUCCUUCCAACUGUGCACCAGAGACUUGGGACUAUAAUAGCAUAGAUCCCACCACAAGAAAAGAAGGAAGGAACCAAUUUUUUGGCAGAUACGGAGCUGAAUCUUGUGAAGGAGUGGAAGGACUUUCUGGAUUAAUACCAUUUUCUGGCUGCUGAAUUUCCAUAUUCACAUCAGUUGACAAAGCCCUUUGGGAAUCAUGCUGUUUUUCCGCUACCAGUCAUUCAGAUUCAUCUGGCUUGCCAAGCCAACAGGCCGGUACCUUCACAAAGAUCACCAGCUCUGUGCCUCUCUGACUCUUGCUGACUUUGAAGCCAUAAAUCGCUGUGAGAAGUCAUUGCCUAAGAAAUUUAACUUUGCUAGGGAUGUGCUGGACCAGUGGUCCCAAAAAGAGAAGACAGGAGAGAGACCAAGCAACCCAGCCCUGUGGUGGGUGAAUGGCAAAGGGGAUGAAGUCAAAUGGAGCUUUGAAGAACUAGGCUCCUUUUCCCGAAAGGCUGCCAACGUGCUCACCAAGCCCUGUGGCCUAAAGAGAGGAGACCGAGUGGCCGUGAUUCUGCCCCGUAUCCCAGAGUGGUGGCUUGUAAACGUGGCUUGUAUGCGAACAGGGCUGGUCUUCAUGCCAGGAACAACCCAGCUGACAGCUAAAGACAUUCUCUAUCGGCUGCAAGCAUCCAAGGCCAAAUGUGUUGUGGUCAGUGAGGACGUGGUCCCAGCUGUGGAGUCCAUCAUGUCAGAGUGUCCCAACUUGAAGACCAAACUCCUGGUGUCCUCACACAGCCAGGAUGGGUGGCUCAACUUCCAGGAAUUAUUUCAAUCCGCCUCUUCAGAGCACAAUUGUGUGGAGACAGGAAGUCAAGAACCAAUGGCCAUUUAUUUCACGAGUGGGACCACAGGCUCUCCCAAGAUGGCCCUACACUCUCAGAGCAGCCUCGGAAUUGGGUACACCAUCUGUGGAAGGUAUUGGCUAAACCUGAAGUCCUCAGAUAUUAUAUGGAAUGUGUCUGACACUGGCUGGAUCAAGGCUGCCAUUGGCAGUGUGUUUUCAUCCUGGCUUCAGGGAGCCUGUGUCUUUGUACAUCGGAUGGCACAGCUUGACACUGACGCCUUACUGGAUACACUCACGACUUAUCCCAUCACAACCCUGUGCGCUGCUCCCACUGUGUACCGGAUGCUUGUGCAGAAAGAUCUGAAAAGAUAUAAAUUCAAGAAACUACAGCACUGCUUGACCGGAGGGGAGCCACUGAACCCAGAGGUGCUGGAACAGUGGAAGGUACAAACUGGGCUGGAGCUGUAUGAAGGCUAUGGACAGACAGAAGUGGGAAUAAUUUGUGCCAAUCAGAAAGGACAAGAAAUUAAACCAGGCUCUAUGGGGAAAGGAGUACUACCCUAUGAUGUCCAGAUUAUAGAUGAAAAUGGCAACGUCUUACCACCUGGCAAAGAAGGGGAAAUUGCCCUCAGACUGAAGUCCACAAGGCCCUUCUGUUUCUUCUCUGAAUAUGUGGACAAUCCAGAGAAAACUGCUGCCACAAUAAGAGGAGAUUUUUAUGUCACUGGAGACAGAGGCAUCAUGGACAGUGAUGGGUAUUUCUGGUUUGUCAGCAGAGCUGAUGAUGUCAUCAUAUCUUCUGGGUACCGUAUUGGGCCAUUUGAAGUAGAAAGUGCGCUAAUUGAACACCCAGCAGUGGUUGAAUCAGCUGUGGUCAGUAGUCCAGAUCCAAUCAGAGGAGAGGUAGUGAAAGCCUUUGUUGUCUUAUCUGCACCCUUUAAAUCAUCCAACCCAGAGAAAUUAACUCUUGAACUUCAGGAUCAUGUGAAAAAAACAACUGCACCUUACAAAUAUCCAAGAAAGGUGGAAUUUGUUCCAGAACUCCCAAAGACAGUCACUGGGAAAAUCAAACGCCACGUUUUGAGAGACCACGAAUGGGGUCGGACAUAGCCUGAUAAGAAAGUAUGGCAUUAUGUAGUCAUAGGCUUGCUUUCUUUUAUUCCUUGUUUUCUGAUAAUUUAGUGACUACUCUAUUACAAUGCUGAAGAUUUUUUCUAGUUGAAAAACCCUAUACUUUGUUCUGUACUUAAUCAAAAAUUAAAUCAAAAAAGAUCUAAAAAUAUUUGGGAAGAAAACAGUUAUAAUGACCAAAGUGACAGAGGCAAUGAUUUUAAUGACUUCCAGGGUUUAAAAUAGAAAAUGAUUACUUAGAAAAGCACAGUGGACAAUGAAUGUAUCUUGUGCCUAAGUCAAAAUAAAGAUUAGAACAAUUAUUCUAAGAAAA